AUGGCGGAGACGCUGAGGCGGGUGCUAAGCGGCUACAGCGCGGUCGAAACCCGGGAAGACACGGUUGAGGCGGGGCCGCCUUUGCUGCUACUCGGUGCUCCAGGCUCCGGUAAAACAGCGCUGCUAUUUGCGGCGGCCUUGGAGGCGGCAGGAGAGGGCCGAGGCCCUGUCCUCUUCCUGACUCGUAGGCCUCUUCAAAGCCUGCCCCGCAGCACGGGUGCAGCCCUCGACCCUUUGCGGCUCCAGAAGAUUCGCUUCCAGUACCCACCCUCAACCCGAGAGCUUCUCCGGCUCCUGUGCUCUGCCCAUGAGGCCCCAGGACCUGCCCCCUCCCUACUGCUGCUUGAUGGUCUGGAGGAGUAUCUAGCAGAAGACCCUGGGCCCCAGGAAGCCGCCUACCUGGCUGCCUUGCUUCUGGAUACUGUUGCCUACUUCAGCCACCGAGGUGGACCCAACCGGGACUGUGGGCUCAUGGUGGCCCUCCAGACUCAGGAGGAAGGAGACAGUGGGGAAGCCCUGCAGCUGGCACUGCUCCAGCGGUAUUUCCCUGCCCAGUGCUGGCUGCAGCCAGAUGCACCAGGCCCAGGAAAGUGCCGCAUCCGAGCCUGCCUUGAGCCAAGUGGGCUGGGCCCCAGGACAGAGUGGUGUGUGACUUUCCAACUAGAUGGAGAGAUGAAGAUAACCCGGUGGCCCACCCAGGCUUAUGACCCCAGCUCAGUUAAGAGUUCAAGCCCUGGAGGCCAGCCCUGAGCUUGGUGCAUGACAGCCUCUCUGCCUCAGUUUCCAAAGACUAGAAUACUUGCCUCAGGGACAUGUGCAGAUUCAAGACCUAAAGUGCUCUUUCUCUUUAAAAAUUAGCAUUAUAAGGGUUGGGGGGUGGCUCAGUGGUAGCAUGUGUGAGACCCUGGUUCUAAUCCCCAAUACUGUAAACAAACAAAAACACCCUAUUAUCAUGUACAUAUUAUGCCCAAUCAGUUGAUUUUUUUUUUUUU